AAUUAAUGGUUUAUCAUGCAUGUAUUUAUCAUUGAAUCUUGUUUUCUAUUUGCUAGUGCCAUUGCWACCAGACAUCAGAGCACUACUGCAGCUUCAAAACCUAAAGGAAARUUUGAUGCAGCAUCAGAGUUUGUAGUGACUAAAAUUGAUGACCUUGUAAAUUGGGGAAGAAGGGGCUCAUUGUGGCCUAUGACAUUUGGUCUUGCUUGCUGUGCUGUAGAAAUGAUGCACUUUGCUGCACCAAGAUAUGAUAUGGACAGAUUUGGUGUAGUAUUCAGAGCAAGUCCACGCCAAGCUGAUGUCAUGAUUGUAGCUGGUACUUUAACCAAUAAGAUGGCUCCAGCAUUAAGAAAGGUUUAUGAUCAGAUGCCWGAACCACGAUGGGUUAUAUCAAUGGGAAGUUGUGCUAAUGGCGGUGGAUACUACCAUUAUUCAUAUGCAGUAGUACGUGGUUGUGAUCGUGUUAUUCCUGUUGAUAUCUACGUACCUGGUUGUCCUCCAACUGCAGAAGCUCUUUUGUUUGGUGUUCUACAGUUACAGAAAAAGAUUCGUCGCAGCCAUCAUCCUAUUACGAUGUGGUACAGGAAAUAAGAUCCAUUGAAUGGUUUUGUUGAAUGGUGCAUUGAUUUUCCAAUUACCAAGAAUGUACACUGUACUGAAUUCUAUAUGUAAAUAGAGCAGAAAUUUUAUCUUGGUAGUGACAACCCAAUCUUGACCAACAGCUUUUUCUUUAAGUAAUGUUUUCCACAAAGCUUUGCAAUGAAGGGUGAUUUCUACAAUGUUUUGAAAAUAUGCUGUAUGUUGUUUUGUGAUGAAAAUAAACAUGAAAAUAAUACAAA